AUGGGCAUGAACCAAGCUUACGAACCAAAUAGGGAGCCUGAAAUCCUGUCUUGUGUUCUGGAGUAUCUGUACAAGGGCGAUUAUUAUCCACGCCUGCUGCAUGGCAAGCGUCGAGACUCUUGGCACCUCGAGAAUGCUCAGGAUACCAGUAACAACGGAGGCCGCGGGUCGAGCGAGGCAACGUUCUUCCACCCUGGAGUAGGAGACGUUGUGCUCCGUGACACGGUGGUCUACUGUGUUGCCGAGAAGUACGGCUUGGAAGACCUGAAGCGCCUUGCUCUCCGAAAGCAGGGCCUUCAGAUGGGUAUUCCAGCCGACGUGAUCUUGCGAUCUGCUCGGUAUGCGUAUGACAACACACCGGACUCGGAGUCUCGACUGCGCGCUCACUACCUGGCUCUCAUCAUCCGCACUCGCAGGACUUUUAAGAGAAGUGGAACCAUGCAGAUGGAAAUGGAGAUGGGUGGCAAGAUGUUUUUUGAUCUGUUCGUGGCAAUGUGCAACCACAUGGACGACCUCGUGGAGAUCCGCCCCAAGCGGAACCGUGGGUUGUUCUAA